AUGACAAAAUAUAAAAAAGACAAAUAUAAAGUAUUGGUGCUGGGUGGAGGUGGAAGGUCUAAUGCUUUGCUACGCUCUUUGUCUGAAUCUCCAAUGCUAGAUAGUUUGUAUACUACAAACAAACAUAAGGAAUUCUUAAAACAUGCUAAUUAUUUAGAUGUAGAUUGCUCUAAUUUCCCCAGAUUAGCAUGUGCUUGCAAAGAAAACCAAAUCGAUAUAGUUAUCCCAUCUCAAGAGAAAUUUCUGGCCCAAGGAAUAUCAGACGCAUUAACUGCUGAAGGAAUAGAAGUAUUUGGCCCAAACAAGAAUUCAUCAAAGCUUGAGUCUUUCAAGAGCUACGCUAAAGAUUUUUGUGAUGCUAACGACAUUCCCACUGCUAAACAUUGGCAAUUUUCAGAUAAAAAUUUAGCAUGUCAAUUCCUAGAAGGAAACCAAGUAUUCCCUAUAGUAAUAAAAGCUGACGGGCUAGCAUCUGGUAAAGGAGUAAUUAUUUGUCAAAACAUAGAUGAAGCAAAAGAUGCUAUUGAAGUAGUUUUUAGCGGGAAGUUGGAUGGUAAGGGUGACGUUGUAAUAAUAGAAGAAUUUUUAAAAGGUAAGGAA